UCAAAUGUCAUCAAUGACAUAAUAACCUCUGUCAAAAUUGGAGUAACCUAAAAAACAAAAUAUUUUCAAUCAUAACUUUCCAAAGAAGAAGCAAUAACUUGUGUUAUGAAUUAACUAGUUGUAUAUUUCAUAAAGGGACAAAAAAUAAACAAGCUGUAAAAUGUCCCUCACUUUAAAGUCAAAGUGCUAUCGGUCGGCUUACUCCAUCGCUCGCAAUUACUGCGAAAAAUCUAUUUACCAGCGUCAUGAAGAAGGACCAAAAGAACGAACAGUACAUGGGAAGCCCUACCCUGAGUGGAGAAGACCUUGGCUUCAACGGGACGGUGAAUUUAGAUCAAAACUGUCCGUUUUUGUUGAGAAAAAUCCAAACCCAGAUAUCCUAAGCAUUAUGUCAAAAAUACCACAGCUAAAUAUGAAAGUAAUAAAAAAUUGGUGGAAAGAAAUGAAAGAACUUCAGGAUAUUGAGAAUCAAAAGUUUUUACCGACUCGAGUGGCCACUCUUGGAUCCAAUUUAGCUGCACUACAUUUUUUUACAUUCAGACAAGCCGCUGUUAAAUUAAAGGAUUCAAAAGAAUGGGUAUCAGGUGAUGCUUCAAAUUUAAAGCUGCCCAAUCACUUUGUGGACGGAAAUUUUGUGGAAGCCAUUGACUGCACAAACUUUCUAUAUGGUGGAAUUCGGUAUGAGGGAAUACAGAAUAUGAAAAACCUCAAUUUCCUCAAAUGGUUGUGUUUAAAGAAUAACAAGUUUGUUGAUGUGUGGUGUCUGGACCGCAUUGCAGGUCAGAAUGGGAAAUCACUUGAGUAUCUGGACAUAAGUGGUUGUAAUCUCUGUGUCGGGGGUGUCUUUGCUCUGACCAGAAUGCCCGCACUCAAAUUCUUGGUUAUCACAGACCCAGGUGUUAAUGUUACACUCCAAGCUGCAAUAUCAAUGUUAGAACAAGAAAAGCCUAAUUUGUUAAUUAAGGCUAUAGAUAUGUCACCAGACUUAGAUAAGGAAAUUGAAUAAUUGUUAAAAUUUUUAGGCAAUAAAAUAGUUUGUUUCAA